AUGACAGUUCUCCCCAGCAAUACCCCCGGCACCGAAGAGAUCCCUCCAUUGGCAGAGCUGCGCAGGCUCAAGUCCCAGGCGCAAAAUGGCGAGCGUCGGGGUCAGCUCCGCCGCGAGCAGCGUGAGGCUGCCAAGAAGGCAGACAACAAGGACAAGCAGCCGGACCCAGAGCCAAAACAGUCGGAGAAGAGCAAGUCCAAGCGCAAGACCAAGCGCGGCUUCUUCAAGUGGCUGUUCGAGCCGGCGGUGGCCACGAGCCGCAAGGUGGCGCCCCCGCCGCCGCCGCGAGUGCGCGUCAAGAUCCCCAUUGUCUACCGGAACGGCGAGCACAAGGGCGUUCUUGUUGGAGGCCUGCGGGUGCCCUUCUCCCGCUCCAUGCAGUCCAACCGCCGAGCGCUGCUGCUGGCCCAGGACGACGUGAGCUGUGGCAUCCCGGAGGACACGGAGCUGGUGCUCGACUUCCCUGACAGACUGGAGUCGGAAGCGUACGAGGCCGAGCAGCAGAGGAAACAGGAAGAGAAGAAGAGGCUGAAGCAGGAGAAGCUGGCGAGAGAGCUGGCCAAGUGAGUG